AUGCAUGGUCAUGGGGGCUAUGACUCUGAUUUUAGUGAUGAGGAACAGUGUGGAGAAUCCAGCAAAAGGAAAAAAAGGACAACUGAAGAUGACUUACUGCUCAAAAAGCCAUUUCAGAAAGAAAAACAUGGGAAGGUGGCACAUAAACAAGUGGCAGCAGAAUUGCUGGAUAGGGAAGAAGCAAGAAAUAGAAGGUUUCAUCUCAUAGCUAUGGAUGCUUAUCAAAGACAUACAAAGUUUGUAAAUGAUUAUAUUUUAUACUAUGGUGGUAAAAAAGACGACUUCAGGCGUUUGGGGGAAAAUGACAGAACAGACCUGGAUGUUAUACGAGAAAAUCAUAGGUUCCUGUGGCAUGAGGAGGAUGAAGUGGACAUGACUUGGGAGAAGAGACUUGCAAAGAAAUACUAUGAUAAAUUAUUCAAGGAAUACUGCAUAGCAGAUCUCAGUAGAUACAAAGAAAAUAAGUUUGGAUUUAGGUGGCGAGUUGAAAAAGAAGUCGUUUCAGGGAAAGGUCAGUUUUUUUGUGGAAAUAAGUGUUGUGAUGUAAAAGAAGGCCUGAAGAGUUGGGAAGUUAAUUUUGCUUAUACGGAGCAUGGUGAAAAGAGAAAUGCACUUGUUAAAUUAAGGUUAUGCCAAGACUGUUCCUUUAAAUUAAAUUUUCAUCACAGGAAAAAAGAAGUCAAGCUGAAAAACAAAAAAAAGAGUGAAACCAAAAAAGAUUGUGCAGCGUCGUCCCAUAAAAAACCCAGAGUAUCUUCUGAAGAAGAAACCUCUGAAAAAAAGGAUAAAGGACAUUCAUCCUCCAAGAAGUCAGCAGACUCUAUAAAUAGAAACUCUGAUGAAGAAGACAGUGCUUCCGAAUGUGAACUUUGGAAGGGCCCACUUCCAGAGACAGAUGAAAAAUCACAGGAAGAAGAAUUUGAUGAGUAUUUUCAAGAUUUGUUUUUGUGA